UAACAAGCUGCAAGUGCUGGUUCACCUCUCCGGAGAGAAAGCAGGAAUUUUGUCUGCCUGGAACAACGCGACAAAAUGCACCUCUAGUAGCCAUUAGAAAGAAUACAGCGGGCGGAGAAAUAUAAUUUGAAAUGUGCAGGGUUACACCCAGAAAAAUCUUGAAUUCAACUAAAAGCAGUAGAACUUGUUUGUCCUCACACUAAUUGUCUUGACACAAAUAUGCUCAUCAAGGUUUGGUCAGACUUUGAACGGAGAAUUCGGGUCAAACUACAUUCACUGAGAUUGUGGUGGCAGGCUGCCUUCCCUUUGUCUGUGAGUCCUUCGAUGGCUGCUGAUGACUAUAAUCCAGUCUCCCUGAGGCACAAGUCGAAGAAGAAGAACCGAGGGGGCAAUGGUACCAUGAGUAGAAGACGAAUCUCCGUCAAAGAGCUCGGUCAACCGGACCACCAGGGCUGGCUGUACAGGAAGAAGGAGACCAAGGGUUUCCUGGGAAUCAAAUGGAAGAAGUACUGGUUUGUCCUUAAGAAAACUGCACUCUACUGGUACACCAACCAGUUGGCGGAGAAAGCAGAGGGCUACAUUGACCUCGCAAACUUCAUGAUAGAUGUAGCCCUCGAGUGCAAGAAGAAACAUGCAUUCAAAGCCUGCCAUCCUCAGGUCAUGAUGUUUUACUUUGCUGCUGAGAACCACGAGGACAUGAAUCUCUGGUUGAACAAGCUCGGGCUGGCCUCCAUUAAUUAUGAGCAGACAGAUCAAACCAUAGCAGCUGAGUGUUACAGUGAAGCCAGCGAUCACGAAGAAGCAGAGAGCACAGAGAUCCCCCCUCCGCCUUACUCGGAGCAGACCCUACGGGACUCUGUGGAUGCAUCUAGUCCACCUGGGAGCACACAUCAGGGUACCAUACCACCACCAUAUUCUUCCACAACUCCUGCAGAAGCCAGCGAUUCGCUCUCCUCCCCCGUCAGUACGAUGACAUCACAGAGCUCCGCCUCUUCGAUCGCUAAGCAACGGCAGUCCUGGAUGGACCUUGUCUCACAGGCGUCCUCUACUCCAGCCGGGGUGACGGCAGUGGUGUGCUCGGUCCAGGUCCACACUCAACGACCGCCACAAGAAAGAACGGAAGUGGGAGCAGUGUCGGAAAGCUCGGUUCCUCAGAGCUCCACAGACUCAAAUGGGUCCAACAAAGAGAACCCAGCGGCUCAUGGGGAGGAGCAGAGGGACAUUUUAGGUCCUAAAAGUCCAGGCAAUUGUGGGAAUAGCUCUGAUGAGAUGGAAAAGCUGUACAUUCAUCUAAAGGAGGCCAGCCUUUCACCAAUAGGGGAUCGGAAACCAUCCACAAAAAGGGAAUUCAGGGCUUCUUUUGUUAAACGCUGUAAAAACCAGACCGUUAACGAUAAACUACACCAUAUCAGGGCACUCAAUAGCACGCUAAAGUCUAAGGAAGCGGAUCUGCAGGCAAUAGAGCAGGUGCUGUGUGACCCAGAGCUUACCUCAGACAAGUUCAGAGAGUGGAAGGAAGCCAACGCACCAUUGAUGGUGGAAAUCUGCGUCAAAGACGACCACAAGAGGGCGCCAGAGGCUGUGACAGCUGCAGCAUCAGUCACUGCUGCCCCUGUUGCAGAGACCAGUUUAUAAGAAGUCCCCCUGACUUAGUUUACUGUGUUUGGACUUGGACCUGAUGAUUACAUACACUCACUGCUGUGAUUUAGUUAGAUGACACUUCAGUAAGCGCAUAUUUAAGCUGUGUAACAUGCAUCUGUAAAGUGUUUUUUUUUUUUUCUUCUUUGUUUUAGGUUUCAUAUUGACUCGGAAACAUGAGCAAUACACAUGAAAAUGUAAUUUCUGUUUUAGUAUUACUUUUACUUGCCACUUGGUAGAGUUGGCUAAGUUUUCAGAGCUUAGUCUUUAACAUUUUAAUUCACAGAACCUUUGCAUAACCUUUGUAUGGAACAAAAUGCACAGAAACACUGUUUUGUUUUGUUUGUUUUUUGGUAUUGUUUUUACUGUAUAAUUUAUCUACUUUGUUUUCAUCUGCAGGGAACAAAUUCCCAGGUUGUUGUUGUCUGCUAAUUAUUGGUGCCAUGCACCAUCUGUGCCUGUUACAAGCAUUCCAGGAGCCAUGGUUCUUUCCUUGUGCUGUAGAUGUCACAUCCUGCUUUAUAUUAACUAUUCCGACUGAACAAUAAACCCUGUAGUUAGAAUAAAUCACAUCCUGAUAAUUUCAGAUAAAUAGGAGUCAAAUUAUUGUCGCUAUGCAGUUUAAAACUCACCUAAAACACUAGACAGUUGCCUUGAGACCAUAAAUGUUGGCAGUAUGUUAUGUUGGUGUGAAAAAAGAUACUUGAUAGUAUUCUUUAGCAUUACUGCCCUAUAUGUGUACAGAAGCUUUUCAAAAUGAUGGAAACAAGCCUAAAGCUGCCUUGUCAAUUUGGGGUGAACAUUUAUGCGUGGAUGCAUCACAUUUUAAGUGUGCAAUCAGUAUUGUCUAAUGCUUUGAAAUAUUACCAUCAACUGUCUUUCAGAUAGGGUCAAUUUUUUACUGAGAAUCAUCCAAGUUUAAAUAAAAAUAGGUAAAUAAUUAAGCUCUAAAAUAUGCAAAGACAAAACUAAAGUGACAUUUAAAUUCACAUUACCAAUAAACACAGCAUCUUUAAUUAAAGAAGAGGCUUGUCAGCUUCUAGUUUCGGCACUGUUUAUUUUUAGUAAACCUUUGCAAAUUAUAUUUGUCCCGCAAAAACUAUUGUGAAAUGUUUUGUAAAAUGUCACUAAUUUUAAUUUAAAAUUUUCAUUAGAUUUGAGCUUAUCAAACAGCAAGAAAGAUAUCCCUUAUUAUGUGAUUUUGCAUGAACAGGUCUAGGUACCUGAUCAAACCUUGAACAUGGAUUAUUGCAGAAUAUGACAGAGUCCAGGCUGGCUCCAUGUGAACAUUUUUUUAUAUAUAUUUCCUUCAUGUUAUAGUUUAGUGUAAAUAUGUUAAUAAUAAUGAAUGUAUAACUGUAGUGUUUUUUCUUUUGUUUUUGCUAUAAAAAGAAAUAAAGCAAUGCCAAAAA